AUGGAUUUCAAGGACUUGUAUCUCUUCGUGGGACCACCUAUGACUCGAGGUCCGCCGUCCCUGCCUCUGCUACCAUUACUCCUUCCUCCGCCAGUAUUGCCACUAGCAUUGCGUCCUCCUGUGUUGCCACGGCCACCGUCGUCUUGUGCGAAGAAUCUACGCAAGCAACGUUUGCGUCUCAAGCCACCUCACUAUCUCAAGCCAAGUCACCGCCGUUUGGACAAUCAAGUAAGACCACAAGUCAAAGCUUUCGUUGGUCCUUGCGAGGGCUUGAAGCGCAACGCGUGUGAGGUACAGAUGAUCAUGUCAAAUCUAGAACUGGAGUACCAAACCACGAAAAAACAGUGGCUGGACUACACUGCAACGGAUACACACAGUAUGCAUCCACCUGGAAAUCAUCAGACAAUUUGGACACCGGUGCAGGACAUGUGUCCACAGUUUCUUGCACUCGACCCUGUCGUGGGUGAGUACUAUUAA